UGUGUCUCAGUGUCCUGCAGUGCCGCCUGUCGAGUGUCUUUUGCCGAAAUCACUUUUAAAAUUUGUUUGCUCUCGCCGUAUUCAAAUGGAUAUUAGAAUGCCGCGCUGAACCGAAGACCCGAGGAGCAAAAACAGGGCCAAACAAAAAACAGAGGAUUUCUCCAAGGAUGCGUAAGCGUCCGCCGUAACGUAAAAAAGGGAUUAUUGUGCAUCAUUUCGGGCGUCACGAAGAAAAAAGCGUAAGGAGGCGAAGGAAAAAAAUAAAAUUCUCAAGUCGGAUUAUGCGAUAAAUUGUUACUGAAGUGUAAAUGUUUUCUCACGUGUUAAAUCAUUAAAUAUAAGCCAGCCAAGAUACGCAUAAAAGAACCUCAAUAGGUUUAGAACCCCGCCAUAUGGCCAUCUGGCUAUUGUAACCUAUGACCACGAACUUAAACGGCAAGAAAGCCCAUCGAAAGGCAGUGUGAAACUUGUUAAACACUAUAAAUGGUCCAAGUUCUUCAGGUUUUUUGUCCCAAAACUUUUGCCCAUUAGUCAUCGAGAACAUUGUGCGAUAGUUCUGUUAUUAACUUUUGCGAGGCGGCGGAAAAGAAAAUUCUAUGUUAUUAAUUGCAAAACGAUUAUGAAAGUUUAAGUGGAAAUAAGUUGAUUUAUAUUUCUUGGCAAGUUCAAGCACUUGGCUUUUUCAUUGAUUGAGCUGUUGAAAUAAAAGUUAGAGAUGAUAAAUUAUUCUUCAUAAAGUUUUUUUACCAUGCAGUUAAGGCAAUUUAGUUUAAACUUGUGCAAUUUAAAAUGCUGAAGUUUCAAUUUAAUUAGCCUUUUAGCUAUUUAUGAAUUUUUAUGUGUGGUUUUUUUUGUGUGCUUUUAAUAGUCUGUUAUUUGGUUAUUUAAAAACCACUUUAAUAAGAACAAUAUAAUCCCAUGGCAAACAAAACUGUUAGGUAAAUUUGUUUAUUAGGGCUUAAACGGAUUUGUGAAAUUCAACUAAAUAAGUUUUCGAGAAGAACGAAAAGCCAAAUAAACAAAUUGGAUUACCAUGCAAUAAAGUCGACUUCUGAUGGCAGUUUAUUUGUGUAUGUUGGUGCCACUGCAGCGGCAAUAAAAGUUUACCACUCAACAAAGGCGAAAACACUUAAAUAAAUAUAUAAAUCAGGCAAAGCAAAAAUAGUGCAAACCGAGAGGACAGACAAAGUAAGCAAACAAUGAGACUGCAAGAAAAUCGCUUGAGAAAACGCAUCGGAAAACUUGUGGCAGACUACCCAUAGAGAAGAGUUGCAAUUUUUUGUGGAAAAACCCGAAAUAAAAUCGAAUAAAAUGAAAUAGGAUAGAGGCUAGAUAAAACCCAUCCCAGCCCCAAGUGUAUUAAUUCAAUAAACCUAUUUAUCUGCGACUUUGACUGGGAUUUGGAGAACCGACAACCGAGCGGAGAAUGCGACAAAGUUUGCCAGCCAAGACGGCGCAGUGCAAUCAGCAGAUCCAGUCUCUGGUCCAAAGGAGCCAGCGGAGCCAGAGGAGCCAGAUUCGAUGCCGCAAACGAGUCCCAAUUGGAGGCAGGCGGACAAUGAGCGCACAAAAGGCGCUGUAAGUGUCAUUGCAGCCAGGAACUGGGCCACUGGGACUGCCACGCAGGACUUCAGCCAGAAGAGCAGCAGCAGCAGGAGCAGGAGCAGAGCCAGGACCCGCACAGCCACGUUGACAGCCGAGAUGACAUUGGCAGGACGAACAGGACGAGCAGGACGACGCACGGGAGGAGGAGCGUCGUGGUGUCGCCGAUUUUUCCAUACAUCCCGACCAGCGUCUUGGCUGCGCGUCAGCAUCGGCUUCGUCCUUUUGGUCCUGGCACUUGGCUUGGGGAUACAAGUAGUCACCUGCAGCAGUCCGGAGGGAGCAGCGAAUCCAGAUCCAGUGGCUGUGACACGGGGACUGAAAGCUGCUGAGGAACAGCUUGGGACGGCGGCCACCACAAGAUCCACUUUGCCAGAUAGGCCAAUGACAACACAAAACGAUCUAAUUACGACAGCCAGCAACUUGACGACAGCAAAAGCAGAAAAGCCAGCCGCAGCAGCUGAACAUCCAGAAACAGCAGCAACAGAGGCACCCAGCUCAUGGGGCACUACCAUUGCCGUGGCCCGGGGCAUGUCGUCAGCAGAUGUGGCAGGAGAAACGAUAGCAGCCAGCCAGUCAGCACAAAUUGGGCUAACUACUCAGGCCGCAGUGGGGCAAACAGAAGCAACAGCAGCAGCGACGACAGCAACUGAGACCGCAGCAGAGAUGCUCAUAUCAACAAUUUAUCCAGCAUCAACGGAAACGGAUGUGCACAACUCCAUUGAACAGCUGGCGGGGCGAGGUGGAAAGAUGGCGCUCGCAGCGCAUCCGGGUGUCCCUGUCUCUGUCUCCGACUCAUUGACCAAGGGCUUCUCCAUCCCGACCUUCCUGCCGCCAUUUCCCGUUUUUGCGGCGGCGGAUUUGCCCGCUUACCGAGCCGCUGCCGAUGCCGCGGAGGCGGCCAAGUUGGCGGCAGAGGCGGCGCGGGCGGAGGAGCAGGCCGCCAAAACAUCCUCCGAAGCGGUGACAAUGUCGCCGGAGGAGCAGCGUCGGCAGACCUUUAAUGAGCAGCACUCCUACCUGGCCGCCCACCGGGAGGGGGCUGGUGGUUCGGGGGCAGGUCGCAACCUGACAAUGCCCGUGCUGAACAUCACCGCCCAGAUGGGAAACCACGCCUACAUGCCGUGCCAGAUACACCGACUGUCGGAUAAGCCCGUUUCGUGGGUGCGCAUGCGCGAUAAUCACAUCAUCAGCGUGGACGAAACGACCUUCAUAGCGGACGAGCGAUUCCAGUCGAUAUUCCAGGAGGAUCACGAUUACACAUGGUCGCUGCAGAUCAAGUACGUGGAGCUCGGCGAUGCUGGGUGGUACGAGUGUCAGAUGGCAACGGAUCCAAAGCUAAGUGCCAAGGUGCAUCUGCAGAUAGUCAAACCCAAGACUGAGCUGAUUGGGGAUCAGAGCCGCUUCGUGAAGGCGGGCAGCAAGGUUGCGCUGCACUGCAUCGUCCGGGGAACCUUGGAUCCGCCCAAGUAUAUCAUCUGGUUCCGGGGCCAGAAGAAGAUUAGCGAAAGUGACGAGCGAACCGGCUGGUACACGCAGCUGGAUCGUAAUAUUUUCGGAACCGUGGGCGAUAAUCAGAACACGAUCGGCUCAUUAAUUAUACCGCUCGUGCGGAAAGAGGAUUCCGGCAAUUAUACGUGCCAGCCGUCGAACAGCGUCUCCGUAUCCGUGGACCUGCACGUGCUAAGCGGUGAAUAUUCCGCAUCGGCCAUCAUGUCAACGGCGGCAAGGACGACGAGAGGCGGAAGGAGCACGUUCCACGUCCCCAUGCUCGGGCUCCUGGGAAUCCUUGGACUCCUCUGGGCGAUGCAGGGAGCGAUGCACACACCACCGGCAGCUCGCCAGACGUGACUCGCCUAUUGAACGCCUGGUCGUGGCGUCCGACUUCCAAUUAUUUGUAAGCUUUUGCGCCAUCUGCAGUUACGUAAUUUAGGUUAGAGAUUAAUUAAAGGCGGCCUUGUAAAUAGCGGAGAGAGCAGCAGGAGGAGGAGCAGGAGCAGGAGCCCCGUCGAAGCAGGAUUGACGACUCUGUAAUUAGGUUAAAACGUUACCAUAACUCUCAUGUCUGCGUGUCUCACAUUAUCCCCCAUGCCAUACUGAAUUCAAUCUAAUGUACAAUUCAAUUUAAGCAGACCCCAUUUCAAGUUGUGAAAUCGAAUCAAUAAUUAGAUUAUUGUCAGAGAGAUAUUAUUGAAUAAAUAAAAUAAAACUGAAUCAUAAAAA